GCUUGCAGGCUUUGGCUUCCGUUUUCUGUGAGAACAAGCCUCCUCCUCCUUGUCCUCAAACUGAAAACAACUGUCGCCAGAGAAGGCAGAAGGUGAAGAGGAGGCUGCGGGCUCUUCCACACAGCCAUAUCACCCAGAAUAUCAAGGCAGAUAAUCCACAAUAUCAGCUUUGAGCUGGAAUAUCUGAGUCCUCAGUGAAAUAUAAUCCAGCUCAAUGUGGAUUUUAUACCGCUGUGUGGGAAGGGGCCUGAGACACUGAGGCGGGGGCCACAACUUCAACCCUCUACAGUCUUCUUCAGAACUGGAUCUUCAAUGGCCGGGGAAAGAUUGACCAAGUGGCUGAAAUGAGUAUGAACGCUAUUCUAGAAGAGACUCUGAUUAAAAGAUCUCAACAAAAGAAAAGGACGUCUCCUUUAAAUUACAAAGAGAGGCUUUUUGUACUUACAAAGUCGAUGUUGACAUACUAUGAAGGUCGACCAGAGAAAAAAUACAGAAAAGGAUCAGUUGACAUUUCAAAAAUCAAAUGUGUGGAAAUUGUGAAAAAUGAUGGUGCUGUCAUUCCAUGUCAAAAUAAAUAUCCAUUUCAGGUUGUUUACGAUAAUAGCACACUUUAUAUUUUUGCGCCCACUGCAUACAGCAGGGAUCAGUGGGUAAGAAAUUUGAAAGAAGAAAUAAAAAAUAAUAAUAACAUAAUGGUGAAGUUCCAUCCUAAAUUCUGGACAGAUGGAAUCUAUCAGUGUUGCAGACAAACAGAAAAAUUAGCACCUGGUUGUGAAAAAUAUAGCCUCUUUGAAAAUGGUAUGAGGUCAUUGCCUGUGCAAAUGCCAGAUAAAAGUAAGAGACGACCCCCACCUCCGAUUCCCCCAGAAGAAGAGGAAGAAGAGGAAGAAAUAGUAAUAGCUAUGUAUGACUUUCAGCCGACGGAACCUCAUGACUUGAGAUUAGAAAGAGGUCAAGAAUAUACCGUGAUUGAAAAAAACGACAUUCAUUGGUGGAAAGCAAGAGACAAAUAUGGAAGCAAAGGAUAUAUUCCAAGCAACUACGUAACAGGAAAGAAGUCAAAUAGUCUAGACCAAUAUGAGUGGUAUUGUAGAAAUCUGAACAGAAGCAAAGCUGAACAGCUCCUCAGAAACGAGGAUAAAGAAGGUGGUUUUAUGGUAAGGGACUCCAGUCAGCCGGGUUACUAUACAGUAUCUCUUUAUGCAAAAUUUGGAGGAGAAGGGUUAUCCGGAAUAAGACACUAUCAUAUAAAGGAAACACCGCAAAACCAGUACUACCUGGCAGAAAAACACCUGUUUAACUCAAUUCCUGAAUUAAUUGAUUAUCAUAAACACAAUGCUGCAGGUCUUGUGACAAGGCUACGAUAUCCAGUCACCCCAAAGACAAAACCGACCACAGCGGGAUUCAGUUAUGAGAAAUGGGAAAUCAAUCCAGCCGAGCUCACCUUUAUGAGAGAACUUGGCAGCGGUCUCUUUGGCGUGGUGCGUCUUGGCAAAUGGAGAGCACAGUAUAAAGUGGCCAUCAAAGCAAUCCGAGAAGGUGCAAUGUAUGAGGAGGACUUUAUAGAGGAAGCUAAAGUGAUGAUGAAACUGACCCAUCCAAAGUUGGUCCAGCUCUAUGGGGUUUGCACUCAGCAGAGGCCGAUUUACAUUGUGACUGAGUUCAUGGAGCAUGGCUGCCUUCUGAAUUAUCUUCGACAAAGGCGUGGACACUUCAGUAAAGACAUCCUGCUGACAAUGUGCCAGGAUGUAUGUGAAGGAAUGGAAUACCUGGAGAUAAAUAGCUUUAUUCAUAGAGAUCUGGCUGCUCGGAACUGCUUAGUGAACGAAUCAGGAGUAGUGAAGGUCUCUGACUUUGGAAUGACCAGGUAUGUGCUUGACGAUCAGUACACAAGCUCUUCGGGUGCUAAAUUUCCUGUGAAAUGGUGUCCUCCAGAGGUUUUUAAUUAUAGUCGAUUCAGCAGCAAGUCAGACGUCUGGUCUUUUGGGGUUCUUAUGUGGGAAGUGUUUACUGAGGGCAAAAUGCCUUUUGAGACCAACACCAACUAUGAAGUAGUGACUAUGAUUAGCAAAGGAUAUCGUCUGUUUCGGCCAAAGUUGGCUUCUAAAAGUAUUUAUGAUGUUAUGAUGGUGUGCUGGCAUGAGAAACCAGAGGACCGCCCUACAUUUCAUGAUCUGCUGCAGAUGAUUGAUGCUAUAGUAGAGAAUACCUCCUCCUGAGAAGGCAUGAUGGAAGCACAGACAUGUCCAGUGAAGGGGCUGCUUUUCAAAGUAGCUACUGUACUUUUACUGAAACAGCAUGGCAACAUAUGCUGCCUAGAAGAACCUCACUGUAAAGGCCACAGUGUGGGCUCUUCCCUUACCUCAAACAAAGGAAGAGUUUUACUGAGUAAAUUCCCUUUUUGCUCAGACUUUUAAGUGACGUCAACUCCCCUUGAGGUGAAAAAUGUGCAAAUGCAGCUGGAGGAAGAGACAGGGCUGAAACCACCCUUUGUGCUCUGAGCCACGAAACACUGACUGACCUAUGCACAGGUCCUUUCUCCUUUCAGGAAACAAUUGUUUCCAUUCCAAGAUUCUGAAGAGCGUAAUUUACCAUCUGCCUCGAGCCAUUACAACCACAGUAAUGUAUCAGAUGUCUUCCUAAAAGUCUUGUUGCUCACAAUAUGUGCCCACAGCUAUAAAUACUGCUGCUAGUUCAUGACUUUGAUAUUGUCUUUUCUGAUGCUCUUUAAAAGGAGGCACAAGAGUACUUAUCUACAGACUCAGAGAACCUCCAUCAUGGCUUAACAAUUGUUCCCUUUCUUUGCUAUUGCAAAGUAUUCCUGGUGAAUUUGGAUGUGGAAAUUGGCAAAGCUAAAGCCACUCAUAUUAACAUUGUUCCACUGUAGCAAUAUAGAAUGGAACUUGGUAUUUUAUUUAUUGUGUCAGAAGCGAACCGGGAGUACAAGUUGUAAUGUAUUUGAAAACACAAUUAAAAAAACAACAAUGGCAUUAUACUAAAUGCCCUUUGACCAAUGGCUGGCCACUUGGAGUAUCUCUAAUGUUGCUGUAAGAAGGUCCUCCAUACUGUAUGUGGCAGGGCUCAGGCUACAUUGUAAUAGGUGGUCUUGGUUUGCAUGGAACUUGGUGAAGAUCUGGAAAUGGAGAUGGAUAAUGUGUCAGGAAGACUUGUAUUCCGGCCUCUGCUUGGUUAUGAAAUUCAGGAGGUUGAGAGGUUUGGGGGCUGAUGACUACUUUUCAGCCUAACCUACCUCACAGGGCUGUUGGAAGGAUGCAGGGGUAAAGGGGAAGGGGGGUGGGUAUACAAAUACAGUGUUGCUUGAAGGGACUGGAAGCUGCUGUGACUCACCUAGGUGCACCAUCUAGGGUAUUAGUAAACAAUAAAGCUAGUGAGCUUGGUGUGGGCCUUUAAACACAGCAUUCAUAAUUAAUAAAUUAAAAUACAGUCUACAUAUUGUAAAUAUAUAUACUGCACAUAUGUAUUUAUAUGAAGAGGAAAUUUGUUCUUUGCAAGAUUUGAAAGCAGAAUUCAUUAAAUUGUUAUUAUAUGUUGCACAUAUAGGUCUGAGUCCUAUUGGCAAACCCUAACUAGAGUAAGCCCGUUGAAUCUGCUGUUGAAGUCAUCGUACACGUAGAUCCAGUUUAUUCAAUGGGUCUACACUAGUCAAGGCUAGCAAUAGGAUUCAGGCUUUGGUUUAACACAUAACUCCUAUAGCAGAAAGAAAACAUACUCCAGUCUUCGCUAUAAAUUGGGAAGGUCCUGGGUGAAUUUGUUAUUCUACCUCUGCGGCUGAUAAUGUUCUUUAAUAAUGAAAUAUUAUGCAACAGAUUGUGCCUAAUAAAUCCAUGUUUUUAAAAAAUCCUGAUAAA